CCGGCGAAAAUAUAAUUUAGUUCCAGCAGAGAGAAAACUGCCGAAAAAUUUCGUUAUUGAUUUAAAUUCAUUGUAAAGUUGUGCAGUUUUUGUUACAAACGAAGAAAAGAAAGUGAAAAUUACUGUGUAUUGUUGAAGAAUAUGUUCUGUUAUAAUAUCUCAGUCAUGUGAGAAGCUAGAUAAGUGAUAGCUUUUUUGGAUGUGAAAAAUGCAAAUUAGUUUCUGAACUUUAGCAAAGCCAUGUCUUCGCCAGAAAGCCAACAGAAACGAUGUCGUAUUUGUACGGAUAUUCGAGACGAAUUCGUGACUCUUGAUUAUAUUGUGGAAGGAAAAUCUCUCGCGGAAAUGCUGCACUACUGUCUUAGGCUUGAGGUUUAUAGGGAUGAUGGUUUGCCGUACCGAUGUUGCAUUGAUUGCAAAGUAAGCUUGGAAGCAGCCUAUAAGCUAAUAGUUCGUUGUUUAGAAUCUGCUGCAUGGUUUCGACACUAUCUUACUGGCGAAACAUUCAAAUCGCGAAGUCUCGAAGAUGUUGAUGUAACGGGACUGAAAUCAGAGAUAGUCUUCGACGAGGCUAAUAAAUCUAGCGUCAAUAUUACAGAUACUGAUGUUAAAAGUGAAGGCAAUGAAAGUUUAGAAAAUGUAAAUGAGCUGGAUGAUUCUGUUACAGAAGAUGGUCAAGAUGAAGACGAGCACAACAAAUGCAGCAUUGAGGAAGCCCACGAUCAGGAUAGACUGAAAGCUCUGCAAUUGAAGACCACCAAAUACGGAAAGGAAAAAUCCCUUCCAAAGCGAUGCUGCAAAUGCAAAAUUCACCUUAAUAGUGUGAAAGAAGCUGAGGAACACUCUAAAACACAUGUCGAGUCAAGAAUUGUGGAUCCUCAGAAAGUUGCAGCUCGACCCCACGAGUGCAUGUUUUGUUUUAAACGCUACACUAAAUUGCGAACGUUGAUGCUUCACCAGAAAGAAAUGUACGUCGACAAGCCCUUCAAAUGUAAAGACUGCGAGGAAGAUUUCAGUACUGAUGUUCAACUGAGAGAACACAUAGAAAACCACGGUAAAGACAAAUCAAACCGAAAAGGACAGCUGCCAAAAUGCUGUGCAUGUUACGAGCAAUUCGAUACGGAAGAGAUGGUGAAAAAACAUGCCGAAGAAGUUCAUUUCCCUGAAAGUCAAACCAGUGUGAAUGACAAUGAUAACCAAUUCGCCUGUGAUGUGUGCCAUCGUCGUUACAAGACUAAGCGAAUUUUACUAGACCACAAGUCAAAACCUUAUCGCACUAAGCAGUACCAAUGCUCUCAAUGUGGUAGAAUAUUCAGAGACAAGUGUGCUUUGUCGGAUCACGAACGUUGCCAUCAGGGGGAACGGCCCUUCAUGUGCACGAUCUGCUCGAAAACAUUUGCCAUAAAGGAUUCUUUCCGAAAGCACGUCAGAUCGCAUACGAUCGAGGAAGACCGCUUCAAGUGCGAAAUUUGCGGGAAAGGGUUCAAAACGAAAGGCAAUCUUAAGGAUCAUCAUAUAACGCACGCCUCGGAUUACCGUCCCUUGAGCUGCAGUUUAUGCUCGGCCACCUUCGCACGGAAGUCCUGCUUGAAAUCGCACAUGCGAAUGCACACAGGCGAGAAACCGUUUAAGUGUAACAUGUGUGAUGCAAGUUACGCAUUUUCUAGUGAUUUGAAGCGCCAUAUUAUGGCCCAUAAGGGUAUCAAACCGUACAUUUGCAGUACAUGUGGAAGGGGAUACCCCAGACAGGAUUACCUGCGAAAGCACAUGGCCACCCACAAUACGGCCAAUUGAAUUUUUGAAGAUGAUGUUUACCAUGAUUCAGUUACGAACAGUGAAUAAUGCUUUUUUGAAAGCAUCGAUUGUGGACUAAAAUACAAAUAACAUUAUAUUGUGAGAUUGACACAUAUGCUUGCAUAGUUUUUAGUAUUAUUUUGUCACAAGGUUAACUUAUGUAAUAAAAAUGUGAUAGAGGUUUGGGCAAGUUGAA